UGAUGUGCCAUCACUGCCAUCCAUUUGCUUACUGCCAAAAACCGAGAGAAUGGCAGCGGAAACGAGGGUAGAGAAAUUAGGAAAAAGGCAAGAUUUUCCUUCGAAUGUUUUUACUCUCUGCUCCUCUACGUAUGUUGCUGUCGUAGUUCAGUCAGCUGUAUCAACCUAUAGUUAGCUGUAUCACGAUUUUAACCAUGGAGCUUCAAGAAACUUCGUUAAAGUCGUUGUACUUUCUGCUACUAAGUUUUUCAACUUUCUUCUGUUCGAUCGGAUACAUUAUCUACUUUUACGUCAUCACGAAACGUAAACACCUCCGCAGAAAAUACGUAUGGAUGACGUCACUAGCUCUGGCUGAUUUCUUUUUUGCUUUAAAUUUGUUGCCAAUUUUAAUAUCCCUGGUUAAAGACAAGUGGGUGUUCGGAAUCUACGGUGGAUUGGUCAACUCUAUCUUGUCAUUAUCAUCUGGUUUUGUUGGUAUUGCAGGAGCUCAAGGUAUUGCAAUUCAUAGACACGAGGUGGAGCAAGGGAAAGAUGCUCAGACUUCACAAAAGUUUCGAAUAGGAAUGGCAUGGGUGACCGGUAUCGCAAUGGGGGUAGUCCCUAGUCUUGGAAUCGGACAUUACGAAGAAGCAACGGAAACCUCUUUUGGCUGUUUGUUGGAUAUGUCGAAGUCCGAUCUGUCCUCAUUCAUCUACAUGGUGGCUUGCUUUGGUUUCUUUGCAGUUUUUCCACUUUGGAGGAUGGUUACCUCGUAUUAUAAACUCAUUAAAAUGAACAAAGCAAAUUGGAGCGUUCUCGUCAUACCAGUCGUAUUUGUUCUCUGCUAUGCCCCCUUUUCUGUACAUGCUCUUGCUGCAGUCAAAAUACCCCAUCAUGUCCCUUCCGAGCUUGAAAUUGUUCUUGUACACUGUGGGCCGAAGAUACUUAUCGCUUUCAACCCAUUCAUGUACGUCCUAACAAACACGGAACUGCUGAGUGCUUACAAAUCUGUUAUUGUGAAUGGGGAAGAUGAUUCUGGUGCUGAUGAAAGGAAACAAGAGUAAACUGAACGUUAAUAUGUUGUUAUCUAUGGCCGAUUCAUUACUUAACCACACAUUAAGUACAAGAGGCAGGCGAAAGUUAAAGUUCACCCACUUCAUCACUUUGUGUUGUAUAUAAACUUCGUUUUUGAGAGCUCGGCUCGCCCUGGUGUAAUGAACAAUGUCACGGAUGGCCCGAUCGAUCUUAAGCCGCCGUAACAUGCCCAAUAUAUAAAUUGCGAGAACACGCAUGCUAAGCAUUGAAUAGUUUCAGGCGCACCUGCAAUGACCAACAAAAGGCAAAGUGUGUUACUAUAAACUAAAUUGCAACACGUUAUACACAAUACGUAUCAAUAUGGUGAAAUGAGGGAAGAUGGGACACCUUUUCAUUCUAUUUUCUCGUCCGAUUUUGUAGGAAACAAAAAAUGUUUACGGAAUUAAAUAACGUUAUCUUUCACACUCCCAUAAACCGUUGUUAAUUGUUUAAAACACAAUUAGUAUACUUGGAUACUAUGCGCUAAAGGUGUCCCAUCUUACCUCAUCUUAUUGUAUAUGUGUUACUUUGUGGCUGAUUAUUUUUUUGUAUUUUUUACGUAUGUUUUUUACUAGCAAUUUGGCACCCUAUUGCCACUUCCACACAUUAUUGAUCCUGUUCAUUAGUGUUGCUUAGCGCUCCCGCGCACCAAUAUGUCUAAAAUAGCUGAUAUUUCACAAAAACUGCUGUGAUGGCAAUUUUGUAUUGUUGAGAAUUUCUGAUGACAAAAUGCGGCGUGUCUGCAGUAUAAUCUUAACCGAUAAACAUUAUUGUACUUCUAGGCAUACUUUAUUGAGGGGUGUUUAAGUACAUUUUAUGCUGCAUGACUUUUAUAUAAUUUGCAUACAAUAAACCACUGACCGCAUUUUU